CUGCAGGUCUGGAAUCAUAUAAUCUGCAAUUGAUACACUCUUAACAACAUUAAACACAAAUAAGAUGGAGAAAGAACCACCUCCAGAGGACAAGGAGCCCAACAACAUCCCAGACCGGCUGGACUGGCUUCUGAACACAGACACUGCAGAGAGCACUCCUAUGGAUACCAACAUUCUAAUGAUAAAUGUCACCACUGACAGUGUUUGCACAUCAGCAUUCACCAGGGAGCGACUCUUUGAAGCAGCAUCCCAGGGAGACACUACUCAGCUCGAUGGUCUGCUCAACUACCUGUUGGUUAAUAAUAAACGACUUACAAGCUCAGAAUUCACAGGCAAUGGGAAAACAGUGCUCCUCAAAGCUUUGCUGAAUCUGAAAGAUGGAAGAAACGACACCAUAGACGUCUUCCUCGACAUCGCAGAGAAAACAGGAGAUUUAAAAAACUUAAUCAAUGCGUCUUACAAAGAUGUUUGCUACAAAGGUCAGACAGCGCUGCAUGUGGCCAUUGAAAGACGGAGCUUCGAUCAUGUGAAGCUGCUGGUGCAGAAAGGAGCUGAUGUGCAAGCCAAAGCCAGUGGAACUUUCUUCCAGCGUGAUGCAGGACUGGGAUUUUAUUUUGGAGAACUUCCACUGCCGCUGGCUGCCUGCACCAACCAGUCCAACAUUGUCUCUUUCCUCAUGGAAAACCAGUAUAGAAGAGCAGAUUUGACCGACAAGGACUCAUAUGGAAACACUGUCUUGCACACAUUGGUCGUAGAAAACUUACCAGAAAACACAGAAAUGUUUGUGAAGAUGUACGACGAGAUCCUCAUUCAGUACAUCAAGCUUAACAAACCAAGACAAGUCAAUCUGGAAGAGAUUGAAAAUAAUCAGGGCUUGACUCCUCUGAAGUUAGCAGCCAAGAUGGGGAAGAUUGGGCUCUUCAGGCACAUUUUGCAACGAGAAUUUGUGGAUGAGGAGAUGAUGCCGCUGUGCAGGAAGAUCACAGAAUGGGUCUAUGGACCCGUUCACUCCUCACUUUAUGACACAAGCUCCAUCGACACCAACGAAGACAACUCUGUGUUGGACAUAAUUGUCUUUGGGAGCGAAAGUCCGAAUCGACCAGAGAUGCUCCAGAUCGAGCCUCUUUACAGUCUUCUCAAGGAUAAAUGGGACCGGUUUGCUUCCAAGUUAUUCUGGAUGAAUUUCGUGGUGUAUCUGAUAUACCUGGUCAUCUUCACCACUGUGACCUACUACAGAAGGGAAGGGGAGCCACCGUUUCCCAUUGAAAACGUCAAGGUUGACUCCCUCCGCCUCAUCGCCGAGAUCAUCACUGUCUUAGGAGCAGUGUGGUUUCUCUACAAAUCGAUAACUAUUUUCAGAAGGAACCCACCAAGCUUCACGUCUCUGUACACUGAUGGAGUCUUUGACAUUCUGUUUUUCCUGCAGGCAACACUUAUUCUGAUUUGCACAAUCUUAUACGUCACUGGACGGAGAGAAUAUGUUGGACUCCUCGUGUUGUCUCUGGCCCUUGCCUGGAUCAACGUCCUUCACUAUUCGAGAGGCUCUAAACAUAUGGGGAUAUACGCUGUCAUGAUGCAAAGAAUGUUGCUGGGUGACCUGUUGACCUUUUUAUGUGUCUAUGUGGUCUUGCUUGUUGGAUUUUCUGCAGCUCUUGUUACUCUGAUGGCUGACUCCAUUUCAGCUCUUCAAGCCUAUGAGGACAAUGACAAUGAUGGAAGGAGCGUUGGCGUCCCGACAUUUGGCAAGAUGCCGACUUACGAUGACCUCCGUUUCACAGUACUGGAGCUCUUCAAGUUCACGAUUGGAAUGGGAAAUCUGGAGUUCACCGACUACGUGCAGUAUAAGGAGGUUUUCUACAUCCUGCUCAUCUCGUACAUCGUUCUCACUUACAUCCUGCUUCUCAACAUGCUCAUCGCCCUGAUGGGCAACACAGUCGAUAGAAUCUCCAGAGAAAAUAUAAACAUCUGGGACCUGCAGAGAGCUUCUACAAUUCUGGACAUUGAGAGAGGACUGCCCAAGUUUCUGACGAGCAGGCUGUUUUCCAACAAUUUCAGGACGGUGUGUGUGAAAAGUGCAAACAAUGAGACUCGCACAUUUUUCAGGGUGCAGGAGAUGAACUGGAAAAACUGGAGGUCAGGGCUGACUGUGACCCAUGAGGAACACCCAGGGAAUAACAUGAUGCAGCCUCACUCCCGCUCUCCAGGGAAACUGUGGGAGAGGAUUCGUGUCAGACAUCACCAACCACAUCCUUCCAGCGUUCUCUGAUUUUACACAUGAAACAAUAACAGUAAUAAUAAUUCUUAUUAUUUUUAUUAUAAUUUUUCUACCAGGAAAACGUAGCACUGAUAAAUCAGGGACAUUGUGAACCAACACAGUGUGAUAAUGCUGACAACUGACCACUGAGAAGAGGAAAGCUCUCACACACACAGUUUACCAAACUCAUAUGGGGAUUUGCAUUUCAAUUGUUUAAACAAAGUGUGGAACCUUAAGUGUCCUUUAAGCCUUUCAUGAUCAGAGACUGAAUCUCAGAGAUUCUUUUUGGGGUUGCCAUAUAUGCUUGCUUAAUUUAUAUCCAGCCUUAUAAUUAACGCUGUAGUUUUUUUAAAUAUAAAAGAAAUGUCAAAGAAGUUUACUCAGUGCUGAUUAAAGGCCCAUUUAUACUCCGUUUUCAUCUAUAUGCAUCCCAAACAUUAUCUCCAUCACCUGUGGGACAAGCUAACAUGAGGAUGGAUAUGAACUUACUGACCCUUGUGUUUUUUUUUUUUUUUAAUGAAUUUAAAUAACUAAACUAACUAAAAUAAAUAAAUGUAUUUAGGCGGAGAUAGCAGGACAUUUGAUUGUUUAUAAAGGUGUAGUCAGUGCAUAUGUAUUUUAUUUAUAACUUGCUAAUGUGAUAAGUGAACCAGCUUGAUUUUUAACUAUCUCAUUUCAACAAGUCCAGUGUAUUUGGCACUGGUGUGUAUGAACUAAUGUCUCCAUACAGUCUUGUAACAGAACAUCAUGUGCCUUGACUUUGCCUCCCUAUCAGCAGAUUCCCAGACUGUCUAAGCAACCAACUGCUGCCAACAGUGCUGUGGGGGGCAGGUGAUAAAAAAACAAAAACCGUCACUCCUUUCUGCAGAACCACAGCACAGACCGCCUUCAUGUGCUGUGCUGUCUGUUUCCUCUUGCAAGAAGAAUAAAACUGUCAAAGACA